UUUUGUCACCAGGGUGUGUCCGGCGUUGCACAAGGUGAAGAUCUUCGAAGAGGGCAGGGGAAGGAGCAAUAGAAACACCUCCAUGCAAGGAAGAGACGCCGAGAGGGGUAUAAAAGCCUGGCCGGUCUUGGCCACGAGCAUCCAACUCUCCGCUUCUCUGUCUACGUCCUGCCAAGCCUCUGGAAACUUUCGGCUCCUCCCAAAUUUGGCAAGAUGAAAACUCUUAUGGAGCAAGGUCUAGAAUGCGUGGUCAACAUCUUCCACCAGUACUGCUUUGGAAAACAUCCUGAUGAUUACCUACAGCCUGAAGAGUUCAAGAAGAUGCUGAAGGAACAAGCUCAGCCAUUCUUGAGGGACACCACACCUGAUGGUGUUAGCCAGGACGCUUACAUCGACCAGCUCUUUAAAAAAGCGGACAGGGACCACAACGGCAAGCUGAAAUUCACGGAGGUUAUAGUUGUGGUGGCCGGCGCCCUUAUAGAUGCCCACAACCGGUCCCAUGGACAUGAACAUGGCCAUGGCCACGGUCACAGCCACGAUGAUGGCCACGGCCACGGUCACAGCCACUGAGAUGGCCAAAGGCGUUGGGUCAAAGGCAUUGAGCCCAUCCUACCUCUGAGGGUUCCCACUGACCUUUUGAUAGCACCUCCAUCCUUAUCCAUUCUCCGUGGUUCUGAUUCGAUGUCACGAGGAUUCACCCUUAAAAUAGCUCUUUAGAAAAGCCACCAGUGUGAAUUGUUUGCCUCUACUCUGCGAGUCACGAUGAAAGCAAUAAAUUUUAUUUCCCACCAAUA